AUGCUUCCAUUAACAAGCAAAGACAGCUUAAAAAGUGAUGAUUUUAAACCAGGACUAAAGCUUAGAUCACGGAUACUUGAAUGGCUAAGGUAAAGUUCCUAAAUGACCUCUAUUUUGAAAGGUUUUCGAGAACGUUUUUGACCAUGUGUUCAGUGAUGUCACAACAUUUUCUCAUCUGUCUUUUCACAGAGAGAUAUUUGCCAAUGAAAGUUCAAGGAAUUUAUUCUUUUUCCUUCUCCUCAAUUUGUCUUUUGCGUUUGUGGAAUUGGCGUAUGGAAUAUGGACCAACAGGUAACACGAUUUCUUUAGAUUACUCUCGUUGUACGUUUCAGUUCCGAAAACAUGACGAGUAAAUAACUUCAAUAUCACAUGCUUUCUUUCAGCCUUGGCCUGAUAUCAGAUUCAUUUCAUAUGUUCUUUGAUUGUACGGCGCUAUUAGCAGGCCUAAUAGCGUCAGUCAUCGCAAGAUGGGGUAAAAAUGAACGAUUUUCCUAUGGGUGAGUCUAUCAUUGUUAUUAUUUUUGUGUGUUAACACAGGCACAAUAUGCUUAUUCAGAUGUGUAUCAAAUACCUUUCAAAAUGGCACAAAUGAUUUUCUGAUUUUUGUUAGUGUUUGUCAGUAAAAACCCAGACAAAGAAACAAAUUCUGGCAAGGGGACUUUUUUGAUUACCCUUUUUUGAUGCCAAAUUUGAUUGUUUAGUAUUUGAAAUCUCUUCAUCAAAAAAGCCCAAUUUAAAUAGACGGACUCCAACGUGAGAAACUCUUUGUUUUUAUUUUUGUUACAAUUUUUCAAUCAGCUAUUGUUGUUUUUUAGUAUUUAUAGACCUUGGGCCACUUAUUGACGUUCAGCAAUAUGAAACGUCGUCCCAGCAAUUUUUAAUUGAAAUGACAAAAAUAAAGUUAAAAAAAUAAAUAAAUAAAAUAAAUGAAACAGACACCUAACUAAAAUGGAAACCUAAAGUCGAUCCCUGCCUUUCUUAGAUCCUUUUCCAAGAUAGACUAUUCAAAUAAGAUAUAACUAGAUAUAGCCACCUAGAGUUGGUCCCUGCAUACCUUUCUUUACACAUUUUAGUUGACUCUCCAGAACAUGGCCACCACACUAAAUUGGGCACCUAGAGUUUGUCCCUGCCAUUCUUUACCCCUUUUAACUGACUGUUGGUUAGACAGGCAUGCCUCUCAGAUGUGCGCAUUCGCCACUUUCACAUUGGUCAUAAUACACUUUGUUUCCACCCCCCUCUAAAAUAAUUUUGCACUAGCAUUGUUUUCACUUCCUCUUGAGAUGACUGUAACAACUGGGGGAAAUUGAAAACCGUUCUUACGCAAUAUAUAUAUAUAUAUUGGGGGGGCACUAAACAAGGUGUACUUUUCUAUGGGUAAUGUGCAAGGAGCAAAUAGUGCCAGUCCCAAAGGGCUGACUAUAUAAUCAUAUAGCAGUCUUAUGAGACAUAAUCGACCAAAAAAAUGACAUCCACCCUUCUUAUUGGUGGAAACUCCUCUUUGGGCAUGCAUGUACAGUCUGUACCUGUACAAUGGAUGAUAAAUUCAACAAGCAUUUCUCUUAUUUCCAGAUAUGGUAGAGCUGAAGUGAUGGCUGGAUUUGUGAAUGGACUGUUUUUGGUGUUUGUAGCUUUCUUCCUCAAGGCUGUGAUCUAGUGGUUUUUUCUAAUCUGACAGGCGUUCCUUGGAAGUGAGGGACUGGUGCGAGUUCUUUACUGUUUAUCGGACGGUUUCGGACGGGAGUAACAAGAAAUUUGCAAGGGUAUUAAAAGAUACAUUUUCAGUUUUUAUUCACGUGACAAGAAAUUCAUCAAGGUAAAUGUUAAACCAACGUUUUACUGUUCACUUCUAUAAGUUAUGAGCGUAAACAUUGUCUGAUCUAUCGAUGCUUGUCUUCUGCUUCCGCGGUCAUACGUUAAUGAACUACAAAAGUCCACAACAAUAUCGUUUUUUAGGAACUUACUCUACACUUUCUACUCCAGAAAUCCCACCUGUGGUUAUUGAUUUUAAUACCCCCCAUUUCAGAAUUGAUAAGGGUGAAUCCCCCCCUGUGGUAUGGUAUGGAUAUUUUCUAGAAUAGUACUAAAAUAAUUACUAUUCUAGAAAGAUUCUAGUUUCAACUCUAUAUUGAUUUAUCCAUAUAUUUAAUAUACAGUUCCAUGAAACUUCCGUUUUGUAUUUUUGAAGAUUGUGUUUCUGAAAGUUAGGACACAAAACAUAUGGUGUUCCGCUGUUAUUUUGAAGCGAAUGGUCAAAAUCACAUCCAGUGGGGAAGUUUCUUGCUAGAUUUUUGUAUGGAGUUGAACACAAAUUAAUAAAGUCAUCAUUAUUAUUAUUAUUAUUAUUAUUAUUAUUAUUAUUAUUAUUAUUAUCAAAAGAUUAAACCCAUUAUAUUUAUUACGUUAUUAUUCUUAAUAUAACUGUAAUGGAUACGUUUUAAUUUUCAGCGUGCUCUCCAUCCUCCAGAGGUCAAACAUGAAAGGCUUUUUGUUGUAUCAGUUUUAGGAUUCUUUGUUAAUCUUAUUGGAAUCUUUGUUUUUCACCAUGGUGGUGCAUCAGGUGAUUUAAACUCAAAUUGUUUUGUUAAAUAACGACGAGUAACAGAGACCGGCUUUUUAGCAGGACUAGUUGAAAGGAUUCACAAAUGAUGCCCUAAAUCACUCCAGAUUUAAUGUGAUUAAUUUUGUUCAGCUCAGAUAAAUAGGAUCAAUGAGUAUUUAUGAUUUAUUGUUUCAGCAGUUUAUUCGAAAACAAUUAGAAGGCAAAAGUGUGGGUCUCCUGGAACCACUCCCACCCCCCCACCCCGAACCCCCUCCUUCUUGAAAUAUCAGAGAAACUGUUUUCUUGUGACAAGUAAAUUUAUGUAAAUUAUAUAUUGUACUUGCAUUUUGAUUGACAGGUCAUGGACACUCACACAGCCAUGGUCAUGGUCACAGCCAUGGACAUGGACAUGGACACUCGCACAGUCAUUCACAUGGACACUCACACAUGAAUGGUGGACACAAUCACAUGCAUGACUCAGGUGUGUCUUACAAAUGAAUAUAACAUACAUACAUGUACAUGUGCCUUUCUGAGAAACUCUGUAUCUUGACUGCCUGUGAUACUCUCCUAAAUAAACCAUCCGAGCUGGUAACCAAGUGUCAUCCCAAGAACAAGUUCUUCACAGUCAAUCACAGAACCCGCUGCUCCAACUGUCCAUGACUUUAAAAUUUCCACCUUAACAUCGAAAUCUGUUUUCAGAAUUUUUAGUCUGAUGAUCGCUUAGUGCGUGAAACUCCGAGUUACAACUCCUUUAAGUUCCAUCCUUUUAAUUUACGUACAUUCACUCUUCUGAAGUAAUCUGGGGGUCAUCUGGAUCCUGGACAAAUCUCCCAGUCUCUUGUACAGGUAACCAAAUCUCCUGGAUAAAAUUGAAUUUUGAUCUUUUUCUUAGCUUUAGUUUGGAAUUAUGCCCAUGUUCCCCAAAAAUUCCAAGUAUACAAUGGACUAUAGUUUAUGUGGCAUUUUUGAUGUGAUUUUUUAUUUAUUUAUUUAUUUUUAUAUAGGCCAAUGGAGCUUGUAUUUAACUAAUCUUUUAUUUACUUAAUAGAGUGUAAGGAUGAAAAAGUAGAAGUUUCCACAAGUAAAAUUAUGGAAGGUGAGUGAAUAUGGUUUGAUACAGUUGUAUGUACUAUUUUGGUCCAAAAAUAAUAAAAUUUUUCAUUUAUGAAGAAAAUCAUUUCGUGAACUUCAGAUGAAUUAUGUCAAAGUGAGUGUGAUCCUUGCUGAAAUUAUUAAUUUUAUUUUAUUGCUAAUUGAAGUAGGUGUUCAACAAUGAACUCUGGGUCUCAAAUCUGAUCUGCAUGAACUGUUAUAGACUUUAGGUGAAGGCUGUGUUAUCACCAGUCAGACAAAACUUACACUAAAUUUUUUCAAGCCAUUCCACUCAUUCAAUGUUACAAUGCAGUUGUUAGAGUUCUUUCCAAAGUAAUCACCCAUUCAUAACAACCAUUUGAAAUGGCAUGGUAAAGCUGUAAGGUUUGCUAUCCAUUUAUCAGUCAUUCACUAGGGCUCCGUACCCUCAGCCAUUUGCCUGUUAUACAAAAUCUCACUAGACGUCACACUGGGUGUUAUUUACAAGGGAAAACUGUGUUCUAUGUAAUACAAAAUUUUUCCUCAAAGAAUCUUCCAAAAUGGAGAGAAGUGGAAGACUGUUUGACCUCCUUUUAAUACUUACUGUAUAUGCAUGUUUUUCUUUUCUCUUUUUAUUUUCUCUCAACUUUCAGGAGUGUUUCUUCAUGUAAUGGCAGACACUCUAGGAAGUAUAGGUGUAAUAAUAUCAGCAGGACUUAUAUACCAGUUUGGUAAGUUAUUUUGCUGGUAUUGUAGUAAGAACUUGCUAUGGAUAAGUUUGAUUUCCACUCCUAGUACUGCUUGCAAGCACUUUUGUCUAAGAUAUAAUUAGUAACCUUGGGAAAGACUGUCUUUGAUGCUCAAGAGUCCCACUCUCUGUUUCUGAGUCGGGGUUCCAGCAGCUGGCAAAUUGCCUGACUGCUGGUCAUAUAUGUUUACAUGUGUGUUGUGGUCUCAUUUGUUCAUGUGUCCUCCAAGCUUAUCCAGCCAGGCUCAUUGGUCAAAUUCUUGCAGUGAGAGACUGGCAGCACAAUAGACAAUACUUAAUAAGCAAUGUAUCGGUUCUUUAACGUCCUGUUUGCAAGGAAUGUUAGACAACAGCUACGGUUUUUUAUGUCCUAUAUUCUAGAAGACUAGUAAGUCUAACCAUUUGCUGAUGUCAUUACAAAGGCAGCGCUUUCUCCUUAGUUACAAUGUAUUUAGUGACCCUGAGUGUUUGUUGCCAGAGUUUAAAUCUGCAGCCACCCACUUGACAGACUUAGAUGUUGUCUACUGCAUGAGACUGCAUGUAAUGUAGAAUGGCAUUGUUUAUCGAGCAAUAAUGUCUAUAAUCCAUAUAAUUUAUUACAUGUCAGUGGCUCAGUGGUAUCUUGAGUCCGACCAACCAUUUGCAUCUUUCACAUCCAGUUGAAUGUGUCAAAUAUUUAUAGCUAUAUUUAACAGUGGCAACACUACUUAAUUUGCAGGUUGGAUGUUAGCUGAUCCAAUCUGUUCAAUGUUUAUUUCUGUUCUCAUUGCAUUCAGGUGAGUAGCAGUAAGACACUGAUUUCACUGUUGACGACUAUAUACGGUAUAUGACGGUAUGGGGGAAUUCCAGGGCUAUCAUUAAGAGGCGGGUGGGGGAUUUCCCUGGCUACUAUGAAUGUGGCCCCCGGCUACUUUCAUAGGAAAAGAUAAGAAAAAUAGAACCAAAAGAAAUCCCUAGCUGUUUGAUUCCCUGCCUACUUGUUGUGUUUACUGGACAACUUAAAAUCUUGGUGACACCCCUGGGAAUUCUCGGAUGUUUUGUUUUGCAACACGGCUAUGGAUUAGUCCUAUUUCAUUAAAAAAAAUAGUGAUGGUGCGUUUUACUUUACAGUGUAAUCCCACUUUUGAGAGAAUCAGUAGGAAUAUUAAUGCAGAGAAUUCCCACAGGUCUGGAGAAGAAUAUACAUAUUGCUUACCAAAGGGUUAGUAGAUAUUGUAGGUUAACUGUAGUUUCCGAAGGUCCUAUUGACUUCCUACCUAACAUGGCGUCAUCGUCAAUAAUUGCCAUCAAUAUCAUCGUCAUCAUCAUCAUCAUCAUCAUCAUCAUCAUCAGCAUCGUCGUCGUCGUCAUCUGAAAUCAUUAAUCAGAUUCAGAAAAUCGCGCAAUGAGAGGUUUCCCACUUACGGAGAGGAAGGGGAAAAAACGCCCUCUACUUGAGGACGAAAGUACUUGUUGGGGGCGCUAUUUUUACGUCUCCUGCUGGAGGUGGGACAGUCAUUUUCCGUGGUCAUCCGAGCUACACGAAGGACUAGCCUUUUGCAGGAUAAAGGCAGUGCCUUCAUGUGUUGCUUUUAAACCACUGUGCAAGAAGGAGCACCCUCGGAUAGUCACUUUUUCUUCCCUUCACAACGCAUAUUUUGAUAAGCUUUGCCAUUCACACGAUUGUUUGCGUUGCACAGUGUCUUCAAAAUGUUUUGUAACGCUUUAAUCUCUGGGAUGUUUUAAGACCCGGCCAGCAUUGCUCCGGCCCGUGAAAUCGAACCCGCCACCUCCUACCAACAGCCGCUCUGCAGUCAAGCGCUCUACCGACUGAGCUACUCUUUCCGCGGUCGAUUAGACUAUUAUAAAGAUUUAAAUUAGACUACAAGCAUGAGUUUACAAACCACAUUCGUGUGCCUGGUGUAAUUGCUUAUCACACCAGUCUUAUCCCUAACGUUUUUUGACAGCGUGCUAGUCAACAUCAAAAGAGCUCGAGUUUGAGGCUCGAAAUUCCAAGCUUGUAGUUGUACUCCAUUACGUGUCUUUCGUACUCGUUUUGAAAUCCCAAGGUUGCUUAUGGUUCAUUAGGUAGCUUAAGCAAAGGCGUUUCUAAUCGACGCACGUCAACCUAAAAUGAGGCUUUUUAAUCUUAAAAGACCUUGAAGCUACCAAAUUUGUAUUUCUAAGUGUCUUUACUCUUAAAGAGACGAUUUACCCGAAAAUGUGUGCAAAACCACUUCCCGAGAAUGCAGAAAGUCUUCUUCCGAUUUUCCGUGCUUCGCUCAAAAACUUCUUUGCUGAAGCUCAUUAAUAACAGCAAGCAGCAACUCCACUUGCCUGUUUUACGCGAAUGUCCGUCUCUUUGAGGUCUCCGUUGAGAGAACGUUGAUUAUAUUCCAAGGAUACAUAGCAUUAUGGGCAAGUCCAACGUCUCUUUGAAUGAAAGUUUCCAAAGGUAAGACGACUGAUCUUUGUUGGUACUUUUCAUCUCAUAGGUGAAUCAAAUGGAUGAUGUGUUUAGUAUCCAGGAUCCUCAUUUCUGGGCUCUAAGCAGGUGCAGUAUUUUCCAUUCACAGUAUCCCGUUCACGUGUCCGGGUAUUUUUGAAACCGAAGAUGUUUUCCCCCCGUUUUCGACGAAAUACGCGUCCACACUUAGCGUAUUCGAAACGUUUCCGCCCGUCCACACGAAAACGCUAAAACAAUGGAAAUGCCAUAGCAAGACAUGCGCUGUAUGGCGUAUGACAUCAGAGAGCUUUAGUUUCGAGGACGAGGACGACAUUAAAUUUUAAGUUUUCUCGUCUAUUCUCUUAAAAUAGACACCCCGGAAAGCUUCAUUGUACUUUUUUUUAAUACAAAAGUUAGUUCGCUAAGUACCAUUGAAGGAGGUAAAGCAGGGGCCGAUCUAGGGGGAGGGUGCAGGGGGUGCGCACCCCCCCGAGAUGACCUGCAGUUUUCUAAUACAACUGGUAUUCUGCAAAAAAAAAAACUAUGUGGUUUAUUGGUGUUGAAGUAGAGCAAGAGACGAGUGCAUCCUACCCUGAAAAAAAUCCUCGAUCCGCCCCUGUAAAGCCCAAUCCCGAUCGCUAAAUGAUAAAAUUCCUAACAUUUGAUAUAAACUUGUUUUCGCCAUCACGACAUUCUCGCUAAAACUCGUAGUAGAAUGACGACGGCUACCACAUUUACCCGCCAAAAUGACAUUGGCUCACGCAUGAGCAAUACUCAGUAUUGGGAAAAUCUCGUACUCGUAGUCGUUCUCGUCUCAGAAUCUAAAGCUCUCUAUCAUCGUAUUCGAAAACCUCCGCUUUCGUCCGUCCAAACGAAGAGAUGAAGGUGGCAUUCUGAUGAGACCUCGCGACCAUUUCAAAGCCAUCAUCUUGUCUCCUUGUCUCCUCAGUCUCAGUUUUUAAGAGGGCUGCUAAUCUUUUUUGUUAUUCGUAGUUCAUGAAAACAUUUUUCUUUCUUAUUCAUAUAUUCAGCACUGUCUGGAUUGGAACAUUGCGACUGCUUGUGGCUCCCACCGCAGACACGCACAAAAUUCUAAGCCAGACCCAUCACAUCUUCAUGGAGGUAUGACUUAGCUCGUAUUAUUUUCGCCUCUUUUUUCAUUAGUUUACUUUAAAGUCGUCGGACAGGUUAAAGUGAAAGAAAGAAGCAAUAAUAAACUGAAUUUUGUUGUUACCCCAUGUUAUAAAGAAUUGGUCUCGAAAAUUCUUUUCAGUGGCUGUUCAUCGUCGUAAGUGAUGCCCGCGUUGUGACGACUUCGUUGCCAAUUAACUCAUUGUAAGGACAAAUAGUCAUUGAAUAGUACUCCCUUUUAUCUCUAAGUUAGCCACACCGAAGGCGCGUAUAACACUCUUCAGUUUUUUGAGAAAUCAAAAUCUUCCAUCAGCAUUACCUUCUUGCCAGAAAACCCGUGAAGAUUUAUUGCGAGCCAAAACUUUUAAGAACAUCGAAAGCCCUUUAUGAAGAUUUUUCCAACCAUGGACAUAAUAAAGAAAACCCAUUAAUUCGUAAAAUUGCUCAGCUCUUUUCCCUUUUUGCAGCUUGGGGUAAAACAGCUGUAUGUUCAGAUCGAACAUUCUUAUUGACGUCACGAGAGGGAACGAUGAGGAAGAAAUAUGGAAUAUUGAUCUUGGCAAAGGGAGGCCACGGAGAGACCAGUAUUCUAUUCAGGAAGACACUCAGACUGUUGGCCUUUAUGGCAAACCUUAAAGUUGAUGCCAAAAGGCAGUCUUUUUAAUUGCUCUUAUUUCAAGUAUCCCUUGGUUAUUUUUAUGAAAACUAAUCAGCCGUAACUGUUUGGAAUAAAUCCUGGCAGAGUUAGAGUUAUUCCUGGCAAGGAGAGCAGUAGCUGUAUUGUAUGUCACACUGAGUCGCAUCGGACGUCCCUAUGUAUCUUGUAUGCUUCCCUCUAUUUAGGACCUCUAUCCUCGUAUGGCUUCGUGUGAGAAAUUUCAUCCCUUUUAACCGAGUGAAAUUGUUCACUUGUUAGCGUACGCGAAGUAGAAAGGUAGAAGCACAAACGAGCCAAAUUAAAGGCCAUUUAGUGCUGGAGCUUAGCCCGGUUUCUUAAUGAUGCAGUUAGUAUUACAACUCUUCUCGGCUCCCACCUUCUGAAAUGAGAUGGGGUGCUUGUCCAUCGCUAGGUAACCCGAGCAGUAUGUCUAGAGGGAGCUUCAGCAUCCACGACGGUGACUUAACGUCACUUGAAAAGUGAAUUCGCACUGUUGUAUAAUUCAUCGCUUUAUCGCAAGAUGCACGUGAACGUUAUUGUUUUGUUUCUCUAAACCGGUUGCUUUUUUACCGUUCUCGGUAACGUCGCCUUCGUCGUUGCUUGAGUUCCCUAAUGCCACGUGCGUGGUGCGUGGUGCGUGGUGCUUUUGCGCCGGCACGAAAACCAUACCAAAUAAGGCGUCUGUUCACGCGUAAAGAAGGGUGAUUUCGGCGCGAUUUGCGCAAGGUAGCGAAGCUGCGCCGUGUAGAUCUCUUAAGUGGAGAGUCAGUUAUCUGAUAGGUGCUCAUACUAUACCAGAUAGGAAUCAAGGCGUGUCAGCACGUAAAGCUAUUCGGUGUAUUGUGAACAGAGCCUAAACUUGUUGUUGUUCUCCUGUUCUCGUUCUCGUUGCCGCCGCCGUCAUCGUUGCGUAAGCUUCCUAAUGCCACCUGUGUG